CAUAUUGGUAGAAGACAAAAAACAUUUUGAAAUUAGGAUGGAAGAGAUAGAACACAGAACAGUGGAAGUGAAUGGCAUAAAAAUGCAUGUAGCAGAGAAAGGAAAAGGUCCUGUGGUGUUGUUCAUCCAUGGCUUCCCUGAACUCUGGUACUCAUGGCGCCACCAGAUUCUGUCUCUCAGCGCCCAAGGAUACCACGCUGUCGCACCAGACCUCCGUGGCUACGGUGACACAGAGGCACCAGCUUCAAUCAGCAGCUACACAUGCUUUCACAUAGUGGGUGAUUUGGUCGCGCUUAUAGACCUUCUGGGUGUCGACCAAGUCUUCCUUGUGGCUCAUGACUGGGGAGCCAUCAUAGGUUGGUACCUCUGCAUGUUUCGCCCCGACAGAGUUAAGGCCUAUGUCUGCCUCAGUGUUCCUUUACUCCACAGAGACCCCAACGUCAGAACCGUCGAUGCCAUGCGUGCUAUGUACGGAGACGACUACUACAUCUGCAGAUUUCAGAAACCAGGCGAAAUGGAGGCUCAGAUGGCUGAAGUUGGCACUGAGUAUGUUCUGAAAAACAACCUUACAAAUCGUACACCUGGUCCUCCAAUCUUUCCCAUGGGAGAGUUUGGUACCGGAUUCAAUCCAGAUAUGCCUGAUACCUUGCCCUCCUGGCUCACACAAGAUGAUCUUGAUUACUUUGUCUCCAAAUUCAACAAAACGGGUUUCACUGGAAGCUUGAACUACUACAGAAAUUUUGACACAAACUGGGAGCUGACGUCACCAUGGACCGGAGCGCAAAUCAAGGUUCCGGUCAAAUUCAUCACCGGAGAUUUGGACUCUGUAUACACGUCGCUGAACAUGAAGGAGUAUAUUCACGAUGGAGGUUUCAAACAAGAUGUGCCAAAUUUAGAAGAAGUGAUUGUGUUGAGAGGAGUAUCUCAUUUCAAUAAUCAAGAAGCUGCCGAGGAAGUCAAUGAUCACAUAUACCAUUUUAUCAUCAAGCACGCACAUGCAAAAACAACCUGAAACACUGUCGCAGAUUCAUAGAGCCAAAAGGUCUCCGUAGUUAAGGUUCAUGCACUGUAUUUCGAUAUAAUCCCACAUCCAGUAACCGUUUAUGUCCCUUUGUAAUACUAAAUAAAAUUUUCAAGUUUGUCUCUUCAAAAGGAACAGGGUACUUCAUUUGUUAUUUA